UGACGCUAGACACCAGUGAGGGCGGACCGCCCAUGUGAACAUCCCGAUCGAAUCACUCUUAUUUCAUCCGCCAAGUGAGAGAAAGUUAAGGGGAAAGUUAGUGAAGAUAUCUUAGAGAUAUCCAUUGUUGGUGGUGGAGAGAUAAGAAGUGGAUAGUGUUGUUUGUGUCAGGAUUACAAGGCUACAAGUGCCGUGUGCGCCACAAGACGCGUUCAACACCAACAACAACAGAUCGCUGGUGCCUGACGCAGUGUAGUGACCAACCAGAUUCUCCAUACAUACAGGUUUCUGAUGAUCAGCUGCCAUGUCUAUGGGGGGCAGGGCCCCCUGAGCCCCCAGUGCUCCCCUGGUCGCACCCUGGGGCACACGUAAGGUGUUUCGCCCUGGGGGUAGGCCAGUCUGCUUUAGGAGAAGCCCCAGGGAGGGCACGAGACUGUUGACGACACCCGGAGAGUAGACCACGGUGGGCCAGGAGCACAGCAUGUCGGCGCCCACACACUACUGACUGAUCCCACUACCACUACCACUACCACUACCACUACAACUACCACUACCACUACCACCACCAGCGGAUAUGCAGCUGUGACGUCACCUGGAGAGUGGCAUCACCAGACAAGGGGCUGUCAGUGCCCGCUCAGGGAUCACAGUGGUUAACAGGCGGUAUCAACCCCCCCAGACACUGAGGUGUAACCAUGUUGUGCAGCACCCCAGAGUGAGGGGUGGCAGGGUGCACGAGUGGUGGCGCUGAGUGCACGGAGAACACUGCUAGUGAGUGUUAGUGAAGGGAGGGAGGGGGGGGAGGGGAAGAGGCUGUCCAUCAUGCCCAACAUGAACCUGAAGAAGCUGUGGAGGAAGAAGAGUGUUACCAUCACGGAGUAUGACCCCACCUACAAGGUGGUGUACCUGGGUAACGUCCUCACUGGCUGGGCUAAAGGUGAAGGGUGCGUAGACAAGCCACUGGCAACACUGUGGAGGAACUACUACCAGAGCAACCGUCAAGACAUCGCUAUGAAGGUGACUAUCUGCGGUGCGGGUCUACGAGCGGUGACCCGGGAACACGGUCUCACCGAGUACUGGGCGCACCGGGUCACGUACUGCGUGGCGCACCCGGCCUACCCCAGGGUCUUCUGUUGGGUCUACCGUCACGAGGGACGCAGACUCAAGCAGGAGCUGCGUUGUCAUGCUGUUCUCUGUCCAAAGAACAGCAAAGCAGAGGCAAUGGCAGCACAAUUGAGAGUCCGCUUGGCAUCAGCACUGCAAGAAUUUCGAAGAGAGAAAGUUGUGAGGCAGAAUGCGCGGAUGUCCCUCAUGCACGCCAUCUAUGAUUCUGCUGCCAUCCCUCGGCGCAAGCUUCUUCUCUCCACUGGAGGUGCUAACUAUCGCCCACCUCUUGAGCGAUCAAAGAGCGCACCUAAGCUUGGUGCCAUCGAAGAGACUAUAGAGGAGGAAGAUGAGGAAGGCCUAGGGAACAGUGAUGAAGAGGAAAUAGACGACAUAGCUUCUGUACAUCUACAACCGGAGGAAGACGUAGGCGGUUCUAGUACUAUGUCAGAGACAACCUCGGAUAUUGUCAUGGAUUAUGACUCCAGCAGUGAGUUUGCAAGUGCCGGACAAGAUCAUUACGUGCUUGAUGAAGAGUAUGAAGAUGAAAGUCCGCAAUUUGCCUCUACACGUCACCACUCCGACAGUCUCCUUUAUUGUCCAGUGCCUCCCCUAUCACCCCUAGACCACCGACCACAACACCAUCAACCAUUGGGCGUUGUGGAAGAAGUCGCGGAUGACGAAGGUUCAUGUGAUGAUGCGAGGAGUAUUGAAGUGAGAGGAAGAGAUGAUCUAGGUUUGCUGGCUACUCUAACACGUGAGUUAAACCUGGCUGCUCCUGCAGAAGAAUCUCUCACUUCAGAUCAGCCGGAGUCUCUAGGCUCCCACUGUGACUCAUGCAGCUCAUCAUGUGGUGCUUGCAGUGACCCUUGUGACGUCACUACUGAGCAGGAGAACCUCAUGAACGAAAGUGAUCACAUUAUUAGCGAAAGUCACCUUAUAAGAAAAGGCGACAACCCUAGCAAGAUGGCACUCAUGGAAGGUGAUAACAUUAGUGAAGAAAGUGGUUAUUCUGAAGAUAAAGACUCUCUUCAAAAUUUAGAUGCAACCAAACUGUAGUUUCCUCUCACACUGAAAACCAGUACCUUAGCAGUGACUUAGUAGUGAUACUGUAGUGAGUGAAUCUCCUUCCCUUGUUAAGAAAUAUAAUCAUGUAAGUCCCUCUCCUCUGUGUGAAUACAGUUAGGAAUGUGUGACACAUGCGAGGACAGCUGUACCGUACUGUCCAGUCUCAGUGUGAUCUAGGCUUCUCUUACUAGUCCAGACAGCUUAAUGCUUCAUCAUUUAAGGAAGCCCUUGUAAAGGGCUUCUUAUAAAGCCAGAUGUAGUUCGGAACCUAUAACAAAAUUACGAAAUAUUAAGCAUCUGACAAAGACUCAAUGCUUCCAUUAAUGUCCAUGUGUUCUCAGAAUCUAAAGAGGAUAUAUUAUAUACCAAAUCAAAAUGCCUUAAUUAAGCUUCUGUUGACAUGUAAUGUAUGCUCUGCAGUGCAUUCAUUUGCCUGCUAAUGUCAACACAUCAGAAGCAAUAUACAGUUAACUCAGAUUACCAUAAUUCUUAUGAGAUUAUGGUAAAUCUGUCUGUGUUACUCUGAAGGAGUAGAGUACCGGUAACUAUGUGAUCCAUAUGGGAUAAUUUUCACAGGUGGCAGUGAAUCACAUUUAUAAACUUUAUUCCAUAUCUGUUCUUUAUUUUGAUCAUUAAGUUAUGGAUGUUAGUAAGUAUUGUGUGUAUUAUGUAAUUAAACUUUUUUAACACCAUUAAGCUAUAUGGCAGUAGCUACUUUAUAAAGAAUCAGGAAUAGGCAAUUAAAAAACCCUAGUAUUCUCCAGUACACAUCCCAUUCACUGGAUGUAUUUCCACUUAGCAUUAUAAUAGAAGAUAAAUGCUCUGUGUUGUGGAUCUUGAAUAAUGUUCGAGUGAGUACACACCAACCAAAAAUGACUUUUCACAUUUAUAUUAUAAAUUCACAAUUAGUAUGUUAAUUUGCUGGUGUAAUGCAGAGCACGAAGCUGCAUGCUAAGCAUAACCCACUUAAAAAUUGUCAUUCCCUUAGGUGCCAUAUUUUGUUUAUGUCACCAUACCAUUAGGUCAUCCUUCAUCAUCAUCAUCACGUCUUAUACAACACUGUGCCUAUGCCUCGGCGAUUUCAGCCGGUUAAGAUUUAGUAUAUCUUCACAAGAUGGCUUCCUGACUACCUUUCUAUCUUCGUAAUUCCCCUUAUCUAUACUUCUUUUUAUUUACUUAUGCCUCUCUUCAGUUGCUUAUGUCAUUGACUUACAAAUCAUUCAAGCUACAUGCAGCUAAUCACUCAAGUUCAUUAGGAUAUAAAAAUUUGAUUUAACUCAUCCUGAUCUUUCAUCAGACACCACAGAUGUUUUCAUAUAAAAAUUUACCCCAGGACGACCAAUUUAAUAUAUUCUGUAACUUAUGUACUUAGUGCCACCAUCCACAUCCUAGCAUGUGAUGUAAAAUCAAAUUUUCUGAAAUAUCUUCAUCUGUAAUUAAAUACAAUAUAAUUUAUAAAUUAUCUUUCUAGCAAAUCUUCUACGUGAUGGAUGUGUUUUAAAAUGUUCACUGAAGAAUUAGUUACCCAAGUUUCCCGAACCUAAACAGGUGUCCAUUUUUUUUGUAUCUUCAUAAGUUGCAAAUUUCUCCUACCAUUGGUAAUAUGACAUUCAUAUUCUUCUGGUAUUAUUUAUAAGAUAAACUAUAAAUAUUGUUAUAAUUUCUUUGUUAAAAUGUUUAUUGAAGUACUUAAUAUAAACAAUGUUUAUUUUUGUAAUUACAUUAGGCCUACACCUCAUGAAAUACUUCACCACAGUCUUAUGUUCGAUAAGUUAAGCCUUACAGACUCGCAUUUUGUGAGAACUUAAUUUUACACUCUUCAUUUAACGUAGCUAGUACAGCUAUCACCUGUGUUCAACUUGUGUGUGCUUAAAACACACUCAGUGUGUGCUAGAGUAAAUAAUGGUGCCACAGUUAGGCUACUUUAUGUGGUGCUAGAUUUUUCAUAGUUAUCACCCAUGAUAAUUUGUUGUGUCAGUAUUAUACCAUGAAUUGUGCUGAAAAGUAAUCUUAUUAGCUGUAUUAGUGUGUAUUGUGUAGUGUAACUCAGCAUUCCAGGAAAUUGGCAUGAUAUAACCUUUGUCUAUGAGGCUAAUAAUAAGUCAGUUAAGGACUUCCUCAACCCCUGAAAUUUUAUACCUGUCGAUUCUAGUAUUGUGAUAAUUGGACCUUUUGACCUUCUAUUGUGAGAGUAAAACUUAAAUAGUAAUCUACACCCUGUAAAUUAAGGUUCGUUAACUCAUUUUAACAGACGCAGCUUCUUGAGAAUAGUGGUUGGUAAGAUGUUUACUCUUAAGAAAUAGACCUGUUAGUCUGUGGCAUAAGAACUAGGCUCUGUAAUCUUUAAUAAUAUAAGAGUUUGGCUUAGUAACAAUAUCUUGAGAACUAUGCUUUGUAACAUGUGUACUGUAAUGAAUUGUAACCGUAGAGUUACCAGCUGUAGCAGUGAGAAAUAGGCUGACAUCUUAGUUCAGUGAGAGAAGACCUUGCCUCUGAAGAAUUACCGAAUAAUGAAGUAUAGAUUCCUUGCAUUAAUUAUGCUGCCUUAUAAAAUUAGCAGUAUAUAUAUAGUACAGUAACAGGGUUUAUAAAAAUUAAUAUUGUUUGAAGUUUGUUGCAAACACUGCUAGUUAUGUAAUAGCCUAGUUAUAAUAAAGUAAUGACUAAACGGAAAGAGAAGCUUUACAGUGAUGUACUUGCAGAAGCUUGAGUCUCUGUAGGCUAUAUAAUAUACUUUAAAAAUAGUUAUGUUGUGAAUACUAUGAUGCUAAUUUCUGAAAUGGAUUCUUUGGGGCUGACACAGAGUGCUCAGCCAUAGCGUCGCGGUAAAAUUCCAUUUUAUGCGGAGAGAAACAUUUGUGUUGUAGAAUGGUAAACCCUGUUGAAGAUAUUCAUGGAACUGUGAUGAUUCAUGUUGGUAGUCCUAUGGACGUGGUGGAAUUUGCUACUAUCCUGGAUUGUCUGUUUGAGAUAUGACCUGAAGUAAAAAUGUUAAUUAACGGGAAAAGUGCUAGAAACUAAGAGUCCCAACAGCUAUUCUCCAGCUCUUCCCCCAUAGAGGGUGGAAAUAAGAGUACUUGGAGGGUGGAGCGAAACUUUGAGUGGAGAGACACUGGGACGUAUUGGAUGGGGUUGGAGGCACAAGAGUAGUGCAGGAUGGUUGCUGUUCACAAGUUGGUGCUUGCUGCAACUGCUACCUUAUCUAUUGUGAUGCAAGCUACAUUCCAUGUAAAUAUAUAGCUAUUAAAAAUGUUUAUGAAGGCAAUGUCAGGGAUGUACAUAAGAAAUGUAAUUUUGUAUCAUAUAAGUAGAUGUUAUCUAUAGAAUUACCAAAUAAAUCAUUAUCCAAA